AUGGAGGACCAUGUCACAGAAAUAAGCAUGUUUUCUUCUGACCUAACAGAUGGAAGGACUGAAGGAGAUAAAUGUUCAGUUCCGGUUAAAACACUUGACCAAAGCCUUCUUUGUAAAGUUUGUUCUGAUUCAAGCAGCGGUAAACAUUAUGGCAUCUACGCAUGUAAUGGCUGCAGUGGUUUCUUUAAACGCAGUGUGAGACGGAGACUCAUCUACAGAUGUCAGGCUGGGACUGGAAGGUGCCCUGUGGACAAAGCUCAUCGGAACCAGUGCCAAGCUUGUAGGCUGAAGAAGUGUCUCCAAGCUGGAAUGAACAAAGAUGUAAUUUGUCAUUACCUUGUAUUUUUGGCAGCUGUACAAAAUGAGCGACAGCCCCGAAGCUCAGCACAUGUCAGUCUAGACUCCAUACAUUUGAACACUAAAAAGGAGCAUCUAGCCACUACACGGGAGCUCACCUGUCCCACCACCUACUCAUCAGUCAUCUGUAGACCUCUGGUCACUUCCUCUGUCACUACUUCAGCCUCCAUUCAGCCAUGCAGCAACCCCAACAACAAUCAUCGCUUCAUGGUCAGCCUGCUGACUGCAGAGACCGGUGCAAAGCUGGAGCCUGAAGAUGUGGAGGAGAAUAUUGACGUCACAACCAAUGAUUCAGGAAGAGAUCAAACUCCUUCUGACCACCAUGUGCCCCCAUAUACCUCCCGCUGUUCAGAGAGUAUAUAUGAAACAUCAGCCAGACUCCUCUUCAUGUCUGUCAAGUGGGCAAAAAAUCUGCCUGUUUUUGCUCACCUGCCAUUUCGGGACCAGGUGAUUCUCCUGGAAGAAGCUUGGAGUGAGAUGUUCCUGUUGUGUGCCAUCCAGUGGUCCCUCCCCCUAGACAGCUGUCCUCUUCUGUCUCCACCAGAGUUUUCUCCAAAACCACAGGGUAAGAUCAGCCUCCCCACGGCUGACCAUCGCAUCCUGGAAGAGGUCUUCAACCGCUUUAAAUCGCUGGCUGUUGACCCCACUGAGUUUGCCUGUCUGAAAGCCAUUGUCUUGUUCAAACCAGAGACACGCAGCCUCAAAGACCCAGAGCAGGUGGAGAAUCUGCAGGAUCAGUCCCAGAUGUUACUAGGCCAGCACAUCCACUCGGUGUACCCCACCCAGAGUGCCAGGUUUGGGAGGCUGUUACUCCUGCUACCAUCCCUCCACUUUGUGCGCCCUGAGAAAAUAGAGCAGCUAUUCUUUCAAAAGACCAUUGGCAGCACACCUAUGGAGAAGCUGCUGUGUGACAUAUUCAAAAACUAA